GGUGUUGCACUGCGUGCAGCUCGCGCCCAGCUGCUCAGACCAGCAGCCUCCUCACCGGCCCGAGAGCGGAGCGCGCGCUGAGCGGACAGGCACGAACCGCUUAUAAACUUAUUACAGGAGUUGUUUGGGAUUGUGUGUGAAAGUGUGUGUUUGUGAAAGUGUGUGUGUCUGUGUUGUGUGGUUGUUUCGCGAGCGGCAACUGCAGCGCGAGGAGGAUAUUUGAGGAAAACCCGCAGUUUCUUCAGUUUUUCUCUAUUUUCUCAGUUUUUCUCCACUCGAGCCGGACUUCACCGCUGUAGAGGACGUGGUUUGACGAUACUUUUUAACGAUAUUUUUGGCGAUACUUGUUUGACGAUAUUUUUCACAGUAGAAUUGGAACUUUAACAACGUUUCUGAAAUAUUUUUUACCUCAAAAAAACAAAACAAAACAGUAUUGGAUAAAGCUAUGUUUUGGUUGCUGGUCUAUUUUUUGUAGACGUGUUUCCUUUUUAAAGUCCCGAAGUCCUGAGAUUUGUAUGGAUUUUUAACAUGGAGAAAGUUCAAGUUUUUAAGUGACUAUUUCUUUUUCUUUUUUAACUCAACUGUGCUUAACCCAACAGUGCUCUAAAUAACUUAGAAACCUGGAAAAAUAGACCUUCUUAAAACCUUCCAAACAUGGAUAAAUACGAAGACCUGGGACUCGAAGCGAGUAAAUUCAUUGAAGACCUCAAUAUGUACGAGGCGUCCAGAGAUGGACUGUUCAGAAUAAAGAAGAAGGACACUGGAAACAACCCUGAUUUUGAGGAGACCCGGAGAGUAUUCGCCUCGAAAAUGACCAAAAUCCACAUGCAAAAGCACCAAGAGGAGAUGGCCAAAACUAGCCUGGCGGCCAGACUGAAUGGAGCCCACGGGAAAGUGUCAGACAGCACGUUUUACACCAAAGACAGACCACCUAUCAGUUCCUUCAGACAGGGGGGUGAAGCAGCAGCUAAGCCACCCAUACUGUCUGGGCCCAUGCCAAGCAUGGCCAGCUAUAACCAGUAUUCAUCCUAUGAGGGACAAAAACAUCAUCCAUCCACUCAGCAUGAAGCUCCCGGUGGCAGAGCUUAUAGCUGUGGAAACAGUUACGACCAUAAGGAGAUUCUGGAUUCUUUCCAUCAACCACCUAUCAGCCCUGGAAACUCUUACGUCCAAGCUUCGCCUACCCAUGCUGCCCACCCUCCCAGUCCUUCUGGUGCUUGGGCCCCUAGGAACAGUCUACCCAGUCAUGCAUCAUCAUCACCGUCGUCAUCAUCACCAUCCCCAUCACUAAGCAACAGUUCCUCGAGCCCAAGUUCACCAGCUGCUGGCCAAACCCGAGGAGUCACGCCUCCACUUCACCAGAACUGGCCCUCCCAGGCAUUACCAACUGCUGGAAAGCCUGAUUCUGUGCCCCGUUCUCCCACAGGUGCCUACAGAGCUACGACAGACUUCUAUCAGACACCUCCUCCUCCUAUUCCACCACCACCACCACCUCCACCUGCAAGUGCAUUUCAACCCCAACUUCAUGGGAUUCCCUCUCAGCACUUUGAACCUAUCUUAGAGGUUCAGAGGCCACUCCAUGGAGAAGCAAGACACAAUGGGGUUCCUCAAAUCGUGGGGUCUACCCAAGUUACCCCACCAGCCCACAGCCAGCCAGAGGCACAGCAGAGCCAGCAAAGCCAGCAGAGCAGUCCUAAAGCAGGUCAGAUGCCAGGCCACGGUCAAGUGCAGGGGGCCAGUCCAGCCUUGCCAGGCAGCCAGGCGACCCCUUCCGCUCAAGUAGCUGUAGCAGCAGAGCAGCAGGCCCACACUGAAGCCCCCAGCCCCCCGCGGUCUGCCCCACUCAAACUGCCAUGCCAUACGCUCCAUAUACAGCCCGAGCUUGGGCCAUCUGUGGCUGAAAUAAAAUUAGAAGCCCUGACCGAACGGCUGGAAAAAGAGAUGGACGCCCAGCCUAAGGCUGACUUCUUCGGUAGUUGUGUGAAAUGCAGUAAACCUGUGUAUGGAGCCAGCCAAGCGUGCCAGGCCAUGGGCAGCCUUUACCACGACAACUGCUUCACCUGCAGCGCUUGCAGUCGGAAGCUCAGGGGGAAGGCGUUUUACUACGUCUGUGGGAAGGUGUUCUGUGAAGAGGACUUUCUGUACUCCGGCUUCCAGCAGUCUGCAGACAAGUGCAAUGUGUGUGGCCACCUGAUCAUGGACAUGGUUUUGAAUGAUCGGCUGACUCUUGAUCGGUCCAGAUCUCUUGACGCAAGACAGCGCGCGGUGGGGGUGGGGCUGGUGGCGUCACAGGUCCUGCAUUGUUUAAUAUCGAGAUACAUAUCAUCAAAAAAAAAAAAAAAAAAAAAAAAAACAAUGUUACACUUUUCCAAUAUCGUGCAGCCCUAGCGUGAAUCUAGCGUGCAUUUAAAAUGGCGCUCCUAGCUGAGUGGAAGGCUUGGAUAUAAAGUGGCAAGAAAUAAUUUACCACUUUUCCUGGUAGACUGUAUGCCGCAUCACUGUUCAUGGUAUAUAAAGUUAUUUGUGUAUGUAGCCUAAUUAAUUAAAAGUUUCUGUAACAUCUUUCAGUGUAAAUAUAUCAUGUUUUAUAACGUGGACAACUGCGGCUUAUAGUUAGGUGCAGCCUAUUUUUGUACAAGUUCUUUUUCCUUUUUAAAUUAGUGGGUGCAAGUUACAUACAGGUGAUCUCAAUAGCUCUGUAAUUACAGUAGUCAUCUGACAUGUUGACAUGUUUAUUACUUUAAAUAAGCCUAGCUAAGGUUAGGGUUCAUGGUUUAUGCUCUAAAAAUUAUUUUGAAUAUUUUUCCUCUACUUUACAAAAUUUAAAUAGGUCACUUUGACCUGUAGCAUGACAGAAGGUUUAAUUAGCAUAUCACUGUCCUGUUUAAACUGAUGGGCAGUAAUUUGUACAUUUGUACAAGCUAAGGAUAUUAUAGAUUAUGAACUACAUUAUUAUCAUUAACAUUAACUUUCAGCAUCGUUUUGAUCAUCAUCAAAUUUUUGGAUAAGACCAUCAAUUCAACUCAAUAUUAAAAUAUAUAUUUAUUACAGGCUGGAAUAAUUUAGUUGAGCUUAUACUUAUAUGGAGCUAAAAAAUGAAUUUUAUUUUAUUCAAUCCCUGACAUGGUACUGUUUUUGUAACCCUGUUCAUCCAGGUUAAUUUAGCCCUAAUUUUUACUAUUAAAGUUUAUACAUGAGUAGAUAUUUAGAUAAAAAAAAAUAUUACAGUGUAAUAUAACUUUUAGAUCACUCUUCCCAUAUGAAUAAAAAUCCCUAAUAAAAUUACAUUUGCAUAUAUUAACAUACUAUACAUAAAUAAUGUUCCAAAACAUGUUCAUUCUGCAUUUACUGUAUGUAUAGGGUUUUUAUUUUUGGUCAAAAGAACACAUUAUAAAAAGCUUUUCUAUAAAAACAGUUUAUCUGGUCUGUGGGACGGUAAAGGACAGGUCAAAAAAAGCCACACCCCACAUUUGUUGGUGUGUUUUUGUUUUGCUAGUCUGUAACAGUCUAAAAGACAACAGUAUUUAGGUUUUAUGAUGCGUAGUGGAUGUUCGAAGAGCAUAUUUAAACUAGGAAAGACACUUUUAGGCAUUUUCCCAUGAACACGCCUUUGUUUACAUUCAUAUGGGUGGCACAACAUAAAACCACACUGCAUUUCCCCUGGAGACACAUCUGGAAGCGGAUUUGGGAGGAAAUGAUUAUUUCUGUGCCUCAGAGAUGCACCACACGCACACACACGCACACACACACACACACACACACACAGCCUCAGAGUUUUAGUGAGGACACUGCAUCACAUCUGUGUCCAUCUAGAACGUAGGCUAUGAUGUGGGUUUCCUUCAGCACAAGCCACAUUUUUUAAUUGUUUACACCCACAGCAGAGAUGUGAUAGAGAUGUCCUUUUUGGGAAUUGGGACACGGCCGGGAUAAAAUGCCCUUAUAAGGAGAUAGGGAGCUCAAGAACGGAUGGAAAAACGAGAACGGAACGGGCGAAAACUAAAGUUGCGCUGAGUGCGACAGAGAAACAGGCGAGGAGUGUAAACAAAAUCUCGCCAGAGAAGCAUUUUAUUUAUUAUUUUUUUCUUUAUCAUUCAUUAUAGUUCAAACAACCUCACAUGCCAGAUGUUUCGUGCUUGCGGGCCACCUAUUGCUGACCCCUGCCCUACUUUUUAUUGUUUUCCCAAUUAAUCGAUGAAUCAGUUCAUCAUCUCUGAAAGUAGGAACAAAUUAUUGAGAUUGUCUCUUCUCAAUGGAAUUUCUUUUCCUAUAUUGAUAUUAAGCGAAUGUAAGUAUGAUAACCAUCAAUUUUCAUACCACAGCAUCCCUUUCAACAGGUUUUCCACUGCAACACUAGUGUGAGUACACAGUGCAGUGCAGUCUAUGCUGCAUUAUCUGUUAGCAUAAACUUUAAAGCUAAAUAUUUAGACAGACUAAUCUCAGCUUAGAUUUAACAGUUAUAUGUAAAUAGAGCAGAAAAUGAGUGUUAUAUGGGUUCAGUUCAGUGCACUCCUGUACGCUAUGCUGAUUCAGCAGUAAACCGUGCUGUCGCUGGUAGAUGCUUGAGCUUUGAUUAGUUAUCCCGGGGUGUGUUUAUAGAGCAGUAACAUGGCACUCAU